GACUUUUGAAUGAAGAGAUUAGUGUGAAAUCAAAGUUGUUGAGAGAAACUGCUCAAAAACUCACCAAGAAAGAAAAAGAACAAGAAGAUUUGAAAGCAGAAAGAGAGCAGUAUUUAAAAACAAUAGAGAUUAAGCAACAAGAAGCAGAAAUUAUUAAAUUGACUCAGAAAAUUGAACAAUUGAAAACUUUAACCCCUCAAGA